ACCGAAUAUUCCAACAACAAUAUCAUUUUACCGAGCUGUACGUAAAGCACAAGAUUAUCUGGUUAGAAGAUAUAUCGCGCAUGGUUCGCAUUUAAUCGAUGUUCCCGGUCCAAAUCUCUUAACACCAUUGGCUAACGCUGUGCUGAUUGGGAAUAAGGAUAUCGUUGAAAUAAUUAUCAAUGCCAAAGCUGAUAUUAACUCAGGUUGUCCAUUAAUCAGACGUACUCCAUUGCACAUAUCAAUGCUUCAUGGCCAUGUCACAAUCGGAAAGCUUCUUAUCGAUCGUAAAGCUGACAAAUCAUUAAAGGACACCAUCGGACUGAAUCUGGUGCACUAUGCUAUAAACGGCGGACAUUUCAAUGCUAUUCGAUUCGCACUGGACAAUGCGGAAGAUGACGCUCUUAUUGAACAAAAUCAAUUCGGAGGAAAUAUUUUGAUUUAUGCGAUAUUCAUGAGGUGUCACGUGAAAAUAAUCAAAUUGUUGAUUGGUUACGAUCAUCGAAUAAAAACAUCAAGCGAACAGAAAACUGAAGCGCUACAUCUAGCUGAUAUAACCAACCAAUGUGAAACACUGGCAUAUCUUCAGAAAAGUUUUGCGAAUUUCGUUGUUAAAGAUUGAAAUAAGGUAAGG